UGUCUAAUGUUUAACAGUGGAAACUAAGCAGAAGAAGAUUUAGCAGUAUAAGUAAUAGUGUGGAGAAUAGCUUGGUCAGCUGAACACAGCAGGACACUUGUGGUUUUAAUAAUCUGAAAAGAAGAUGAAGUAUCCUCUGUGCCUGUGCUUGUUCCUUGCUGGUCUUAGUGCUGUAACUCAUUGCCACCAUAGAGACGUUUGCCAUGAAGUCAAUAAUACAAGGCUGCAUGAUGGAGCAGAAAAUUUAUUAAUGCAAGAUUGUCGCAAACAAGGCUCUGCCUAUGCAGAUUUUGCAUUUAGAUUUUACAAACAGGCUAUAUCAGAAGAAGCUGACAAAAAUGUUUUCUUUUCUCCCAUAAGCAUCUCUACUGCCUUUGCAAUGCUGGCUCUUGGCGCUAAGUCAACCACUCUGGCUCAGAUUUUUGAAGGACUGGGUUUUGGCAGCGUUGCUCAGGCUCACAUAGAAGAUAUACAUGAAAGUUUUCAUAAAGUUUUAGCAGUACUAAAUUGUACUGAUGUUAACAUCACAUUAAAUAUAGGAAAUGCCCUUUUUACAGCUAUUGGGGUUGAACCACUGGAGGCAUUUUUGAAACAUACCAGACAAUUUUAUGAUGCAGAAUUUUUUUCUAGCAAUUUCCAUAAUGAAGGAGGAGCCAAGAUGCAAAUCAAUAAUUAUGUAAAGGAGAAAACCAAGGGGAAAAUUCCUGAAUUAAUUGAUUAUCUUGAUGGAAAUACUAUAAUGGUUCUUAUUAACUACAUUUAUUUUAAAGCUGCCUGGGAAAAGCGUUUUGAUCCUGAGUGUACCUAUGAGGAUGAUUUCUUUGUGAACAUAAACACGUCUGUUAGUGUCAACAUGAUGCGGCGUGAAACUAACUAUAGCAGUUACUAUGACCAGGACCUCUCUUGUGAGGUGGUAGAGCUGCCUUACCAAGGCACUGCACGAGCAUUGCUCAUUCUGCCUGAUGAUGGAAAGAUGAAACAAGUGGAAGAUGCUCUCUCAAAAGAAACUAUUUGUAAAUGGGAUAGCAAACUUGAAACCAGAAGAGUAAAUCUGCACUUGCCAAGGAUUUCUAUUAGUGGAUCAUAUGAAGUUGAAACGCUGUUCAAGAAAAUGGGCAUUACUGAUGUAUUUUCUAGUAAUGCUGACCUGUCUGGAAUUACUGGCAGCCAUGGUCUUCAUGUUUCACGAGCAAUUCACAAGGCCCUGCUGGAAGUAGAUGAGGCUGGAACUGAGGCAGCAGGAGCGACAGCCAUAAUCAUUAGGAAAGUUCUUCAUCCUUCUGUUACCAUCAAAUUCAACAGGCCCUUCAUUAUUCUGAUUUCUGAUAAAACAACCAGCGUCACACUUUUCAUGGGGAAAAUUGUCAAUCCUACUCAGAAGUAGUUGAUGAGUUAUUGGGCUUGCUGGGCAUGUAUUGGGCAUGAGUUAUAAUGGGCUACAGUGUUUACAUAUGUGAACUAGUUAGUGCUGCUAACUACUCUCUGACUGAGGGAUAUUCACAAGUAAAUGGUCAAUUUCUGUAUCAAAUGAAUAAAGAAAAAUUGUAGAAAAAAAAAGCCCUGACAAUUUAAAUAUGCAAUGUUUUCCCCAGCUGAGUAAUUCAAGUUAUUAAUACAUUUCCCAAAUUUUGGGGAAAAAAGCAGUUUCUUCCAAAUUCUUCUGUUAUUUUUAGAAGAGAAUUCUCUCUGCUGCAUGGCUUUGUCCAGGCCCCUUUUAGUUAUGAGUUACUCAUCAAAAGCUGUAUCCCAACAGGAAAUAAGUCCAUUAUAAUUGUAUUACUUUUACUCAGGCACUUGCUGAUUGUCAGUGUUCUCCUAAGCCUGUCCCUACAGAAUCCCUUUUUCCCGAUAUAUCGCUUUGCUAUUUAGUCAGUUGUGAUUUCCCCUCAGCCGAUCUGGUCUUCUUUCUCACAUGUUCCAAAUCUUUUCCUAGGACAUUAAAAAAAAAAAAAACCAGCAAUAAAAAAGUAGAAAAGCUCUGAGCCAAUAGAUUAUUCUGCUGUGGUGCUGUAAAAGUCCCUUUGCAGUCCGCAGGUCAGCAAAAAACUUCAAAAGACAUUAGGCAUAAAUUGUCAAGGAGUUGUCCCGCUACAAUGUUAUCCAUGAAUUAUUUCUAUGGCUUAUGAAUAAAGUAAGCAUUAUGAUUUAAAUCCAUCA